AUGAGGUUAGUAGUGACGGCUGCAGUAGCAUUGCUGGUGUUGAGCCGUUGUAGUAGUUGUGCCUCGGCGGAAACUGAAGAUAACGAGUUCGCCGAAUUCGAGGAUGAGGAGGUGGAAGAGGUAGAACAGCCACAACCAGCUAGUCAUAGCACCGACAAGAAAGCUGCAAAAGAAGAAGUUCAAAAACAGAAGACAGACGAUUUUGAUGACGACUACGGAGUUGUGGAAGAUGAGGAAGAUACGAAGGAGAAAGAGGAUGAGCAGCAACCAGUGCAGCCCUUGAAAUUUGCUGAUGUGCCUGCCCAUUUCCGAUCAAAUUGGGCAUCCUAUCAAGUGGAAGCUCUGGUUCUAGCAUUGAUUGCCAUGUAUCUACUUAACUAUGUUAUUGGUCGAAACACUAAUCAAUCGAUGGCAUUGGAGUGGUUCGAUAACGUCAGAGGUCUGCUCGAGCAGCAAUUUGCCUUGGUAGGAGACGAUGGGGUGAAUGCAUAUCCAGAGAGUGGAGCCGCGGUUCAAAGAGAAACUGAUUGCUCUUAUACAGUUUGGUGCUCAGGUAGAGUAGGCGUCAAUGGCAUGCUCAUUCAGAUAAGAACCAUGAAGCGUCAGGACCUCAUGAGUCGAAUUAUGGGCAUCUUCACACCACAGAAGGAUGUCAUCACAUUCAAGGUAGGAAAAUUGCAGUUAGAACUGGAUCCUGGUGAGCUGGAUUCAUUUGUGAUGAUCUUUGGACAGAAGAAGUCUGUUGUGAAGCAGUACAAGGAGAUGUUAGACCUGUCAACCUACACUGUCGAGAAAAAGAACACACCCCAGUUCGGGUUGCCAGCGAGCUUUGCCCUCUACGCUGAACAGUCUGAAGCUACCUAUGCAAUCUUUGAACCGGGCGUUGUUGCAAUUCUUCGUAAAUACGAAAAGGCAAUCGAACACGUGCACAUCUCGGAUCAAUACAGUGGCCAGAAACCUCCUGAGGGAGAAACGUACACUCGGUUACCCGAAGUCGUUCGAUUGGUGCAGUUUUGCCUGAAUCUAGACGAGUGCCGCGAUAAGGAUGCACAAGCGGAACUUCUUCAUUUGAUGUUCUAUAUUGUUGACAAGGCUCGACGUGAAGAGAAAACUCGGGAGCGAAAACAACGUCUAUUGGAGGAAGAAGAUCCCGAGAAACAAAGGCGUCUUGAGAAACUGGAAAUGAAACGAGAAGCGAAAGCAAAGCAACCGAAGAUGAAACAGCUCAAAGUUAAGAUGUGA